AUGACAUCUUCUUACAGCACCAAGCAAUGGGUCCUGGUCAACAAGCCCACAGGGGAGCCUGUUCUCUCCGGCCCUGACGCUACCUGGAAGCUGCAGACCGUUACCCUCCCUGAGCUGCAGGACGGCCAGAUCCUCGUCAAGAGCAAGUACUUCUCCAACGACACUGGCUUGAGGAACUUCAUCCAGAGCACCGUCGCCCCUGAGCGCUUCUACGUGCCUACAGUGCCCGUGGGCUCGCCCAUGCGAUCCGGUGUCAUCGCAGAGGUCAUCGAGUCCCGAUCCGACAAGUUCAAGGUCGGCGAUCUCUGUAUGGAUUUCCACCUCGGCACCUGGAGCGAGUAUAUCAUCCUUGAAGCCGAAAACUCUCAGGCUCUGGCCCCCCUGCCCAACAACCUCCCCGUUACACACUUCCUGGGUGCCUUUGGCGCCUCUGGCCUGGCCGCGUAUACAGGCCUGUACUAUGCCGGCGAGGCUAAGCCCGAGGACACCAUUGUUAUUUCAGCCGCUGCCGGCGCCACUGGCUCCAUGGCUGUUCAGAUCGCCUCCAAGAUCCUCAAGGCCAAGCGUGUCAUUGGCAUUGCCGGCUCCGACGAGAAGUGUGAGUGGGUGAAGAGCAUCGGCGCCCACGAGUGCAUCAACUACAAGAGCCCUACCUUCCUCGAGGACCUCAAGGCCGUCACCCCCGACGAGGUCGAUGUCUACUUCGACAACGUCGGCGGCGACAUCCUCGACGCCAUGCUGACCCGCGUCAAGAAGCACGGCCAUAUCGCCGUCUGCGGUGCCGUCAGCGGCUACAACUCUGACGAGCCCAUGGCUCUCAAGAACUGGUUCGAGCUUAUCUCGUGCCGCAUCAACAUCCGCGGCUUCAUCAUGCUCGACUACAUGGACAAGGUCCCCGCCAUCCUGGGCGAGCUUAUUGGCGCCACUGCCGACGGCCGCAUCAAGCUGGAAGCUGCCGAGACGGUAGUUGAGGCUCCCAUUGAGCAGCAGCCUGAGGUGUGGAUGAGGCUCUUCAGCGGCGGUAACCAGGGCAAGCUCCUGACCAAGCUCAUCAUCUAA